UGUUAAUAGAGCGCCUGCUGUUUGGAGGAGCUACGCUGAUGCAAACUUUCCCUCUGACUCCGAUACUCGGCCAACAGCCGCUCUUAGCUAAGACGUUUCCGAGUCGCCCCCGCCAGCAUGGCGGACCGGGAGGAGCGCCGCUUCGCCGAGGUUUCCCGGGACUCCGUCAAACUCAUGGCCGAGAGUGUAGGCGUGGAGCUGGCCGACGAUGUGGCUGCUCUGCUGGCCGAGGACGUGUGCUACCGGCUCAGGGAGGCAACGCAGAGCAGCUCUCAGUUCAUGAGACAUGCCAAGAGGAGGAAGCUGACGGUGGAGGACUUCAACAGAGCUCUGCGCUGGAGCAACGUGGAGGCCGUGUGUGGCUUCGGGGCCCAGGAUGCUCUCCCCUUCCGCCCGGUGAAAGAAGGAGAGCUUUUCUUCAUCGAGGACCGGGACAUCAACCUGGUGGAGUUGGCUCUGGCCACCAACAUCCCCAAGGGCUGUGCUGAGACCCUGGUGCGAGUAAACGUGUCUUACCUGGAUGGGAAAGGCAACCUGGAGCCUCAGGGGACAGUUCCCACAGCGGUGCAGUCUCUGUCGGACGACCUGCUGAAGUACUACCAGCAGAUCACUCGGGCCAUCCUGGGAGAGGACCCCCACCUCAUGAAGGUGGCUCUGCUGGACCUCCAGUCCAACUCCAAGAUCGCUGCCCUCCUGCCGUACUUUGUUUACGUCAUCAGCGGGGUGAAGUCAGUAAGCCACGACCUGGAGCAGCUCAACAGGCUCCUCCACAUGGUGAAGAGCCUGGUCCAAAACCCCUACCUGUACCUGGGCUCCUACGUGCGCAGCCUGGUCUCCAGCGUCAUGUACUGCAUCCUGGAGCCGCUGGCCGCCUCCAUCAACCCACUCAACGACCACUGGACCCUCAGGGACUACGCUGCUCUGCUCCUCAGCCACAUCUUCUGGACUCACGGGGAUCUGGUGAGCGGUCUUUACCACCAGAUCCUGCUGUCGCUGCAGAAGGUUCUGUCCGACCCGGUGAGACCGCUCUGCACCCACUACGGAGCCGUGGUGGGGCUUCACGCUCUGGGAUGGAAGGUGUGUUCACUGCUUCUGUAAAUCUCAGCAGUCUCGUGUUUCUGCAUUAAAGUACCCGUCGUACAUUACACUGAGAUGGUGUGUAGCUGUGGUUAGUGACUUACAGCUCUAUUGUGAUUCAUGGAGUACAACUGUAUCAUCUCAGUGUCUGUGAGACACUUUCAGAGAUAUUUAUCUACAAAUACGUCGAACAUUCUCCUCUUCAAUAAUAUAUUUUCGUUCCAUGUCGUCUUAAUUGUCUGUACACUCAGUGUGUCUGAUAGUAUUUGCAAAUAUUCUUCACGUGUCUGCUUCACUAAAGCUUUGAAUUAUUCAAACUCAAGAUGUUGUAUUCCUAAAUAUCCUGGAUGUCUUACGCAUCAUUUUGUAGACAUUUCUGCAAACACCCAAUUCAAACUAUUGAGGAAAUCUGGAGGUCUGCACCAGAGUCAUUGCUGUAAACCGCUCUCCUCUCAGGUCUCCUCAAUAACCAGUGUGACGAUCAUCUCUGGUGUGUGUGUGUGUGUGUGUGUGUG